CCAAAGCUGAGUACUCACUUCGGGGACGCGCACUACCGAAAGCCUAAACACGCAGGCAGGCCCAAGAGGAAGUUUCAAAUAGAACCAUGCAAUAUCCGAAAAGCCGCGGGGGAGCGCUGACCAGCUAAUGAAUACAACAAGGCUAAUUGUGGAAACUGUUUGCGGCAAACAUAUAGGCUAAAUUAUGUUCGAGUCCCCGCGGAAAUCGGUAAAGGUCCUGAAAUCUAGGUCGGAGAGUCAAGAGGAGUUACACGAAAUGCAACUGGUAUAUCCUAUGAGAUCUGACGACCGAUACCAGAAGAAAAAGAAAAAGAAGCAACCAAAACAUAAAAGGGAGAAGCGGGCUGUCUUAGUUCCGGAAACUUGCGCCGAAGAGUCGCCAGCGACAGUGUCCGAGAAGAGGAGAAUAGGAGAGAAAUGCUCUGCUAUCAGUACGGAUGACCCGAUAGUCAGGGGUAUAUUUAAAAUAGAGAAAAAAAGCUGCGACGUAGUUCUGACUGCGACAAGGUUAAUAUGGACUCAAAUUCAACCGGAGACCCCUACAGGCGAGUCGGACGCUCGCAGGCACGAGGAGCACUUGGAGCUGAGGGAGGUGUUCGCGGUGAAGGUGAAGAGGCGCCGUUCCAUCGGUCAGCAGACGGGCGGCACGCUCCUGGGCCUCACUCUCUUCCGCUGUGUGAGGAAGGGCCCCAAACUCAAGGACGAGGCCCUCCACCUCAACAACCUGAGUGCAGACCACUGCGAGGUUUGGUUCAAGCACCUGAAGGAGAUCAUAAAUGGUUACCAGGACAGGCCCAAAUCUCUCAAAGUGUUCGUGAACCCCGUCAGCCACAGGAAGGAAGCCUACCAGCUCUACAGGGAUGAAGUAGCGCCACUCUUCAAGCUGGCCGACGUCAAGGCCGAUGUCACCGUUACACAGAGGAAGGGACACGCCCUCUCCGUCCUGAAAGAAUGCAAGUUGGAUGAUUAUGACGGUGUGGUGGUUGUCGGGGGAGAUGGCUCCGUCGCCGAGGUGGUCCAUGGGCUGCUGCUCCGGGCCCAGAUGGAUGCUGGGAGAGACACAGACUCCAUCUUCACGCCUGUCCGAGCAGCACUUCCUCUCGGGGUAAUACCAGCAGGCUCCACUGAUAUUGUUGCCUGCUCCGUUCAUGGAAUAAGACAUCCUGUCACAGCUGCAAUGCAUAUCAUCAUGGGGCACCACCAAGCUGUGGAUGUCUGCAGCUUCAGCUCGCAAGGUCAGCUGCUGCGUUUCGGAUUCUCCGCCAUGUUUGGCUUUGGCGGACGUACGCUGGCGCUGGCCGAGAGGCACCGUUGGAUGCCGCCCAGCCAGCGGCGGGAGUUUGCCAUGAUCAAAUCACUGGCGAACCUGAAGCCUGAAGACUGCGAGGUAUCCUUUCUGCUCCAGAAACAGGCACAAGGAACAACGCAGGAGCCAAAAUGUGUGGAAAAGGUGACGGACAUUGGAGGCGGAGCCUCAGAGGAAGACAAGGAGUGGCAGACUGUCCAGGGCCUCUUCCUCAAUAUUAGUAUCAUGGCGAUACCCUGCAUCUGCUCCAUGGCUCCCAGAGGACUUGCUCCCACCACCAGGCUGGACAAUGGUGGCAUGGCCCUAAUUGCAGUCGGAAACACGUCCAAAUCAGAGUUCAUCAAACACCUGAAGAGGUACAGCAGUGUAAACAACGAGUUCAGUUUCACCUUUGUGGAAACGCACUCUGUCCAGGCAGUGAAGUUGCGGCCUCGCUUUCGAGGCGGCUGGGCUGAUGAACCAUCAGAGGAGAACGGGGAGUUUGACUCAAAAAACAGGCCCAUAAUCUCCUCUGAGGGAACCUACCCCUGGAACAUUGAUGGUGACUUGCUGGAGCUCCCCUCUGAACUGCUCAUCAGGGUGCACCCUCAGCUUAUCACACUUUUUGGGGUGAACAUGGAGGAAACCGAAGAGUCCCCGAUCAAGUGCAGCUGCAUUUAAGCCACUGUCUCCACGGCAACUAACCAAAGGCUUUUCUAGGCAUAAUAGGCUUCACAUGCCCACUGCUGUGCACAGCUCAGCUAAGGUCAUUACACUGUGAAUAUCAGGAUGUCAUAGUAGACAACACACUGUUUGCAUACACAACAUGCAGUUCAUUUAAAUGCAAAGGCAAAAUACAACCUUCAGACAUUCCAGUGCAUAAAAACUCAAAGCUAAAUUGAAUGUAAUCUGUAAAACAUAGCAUUGUUUUUACAAACCUUUAGUUUUUCACAAAUCACACUUUAUGAAGUACAAAAUAUUAUUUAAAAAAUAAAGCUAUUAGAUAAAACCGAAAGCAGAAUGUGUCGAAUGUGUUGAAAAACAAAAAACAUUUUGAAGAAGCUCUGAAGAAAGUUUUACUAUCAUUAUUAUUUCCGGGUUCAGACCUCCUAAACUGCAAAAUUUGGAUAACAUAGUUUAAUUUGCCAAAAUCCACUCCCUUUGGAGUAUGUGGAUAUGCUGUUCACCAUACUAAAAUCCCCACAUUUACAUUAAUUUCACAGAAGAGCGGCCAGCACAAAAACAUAACUUUUGCAUGGAUACACAAAAAUCUUAUUUUCUUAAACACUUGCAGACACAACACAACAAUGGCUUUACAAAUGAUUUAUUACCUUGGCUUUAUAGAGUGUACAUAGUUAAAAUAAAAAAAAAUAAUUGCA